AUGUCAUCGGAAAAGAAGACAACUGGUGAGAAUGGUUGCUCGGCAAGCAACUUACGUGAUGAACGUAAUGUUAUCCAAUCAAAUAAAUCGGCUAAACUUGCUAAACAAAGUGGAGUAGACGAGGAGGACGUUGAAAAAUGUAGUGAAAAGUUGAAAUCAAAUAAUGAAGUUAAGAAGGCCACAGCUCUGUGUGUUCAGCAAAUGGAUAACAGCAACAUGCAGGAGACAGUUUUGAUGUCACCUCAUCGUAUCAGUCUGAAUGUGACUGUAUCAACAAAACCCAAAGUACUUGUUCGUAGCCAGGCAUUUUCGGGUGAUGAUGAUUCUGGUGUUUCUGCUAGACAUACUCCAACAUCACGCUUUCUUGCUUCACGUUCCACUUUUUCUUCGGCUUCAUUUGAUUCUGGCCACGGUCACGAUUACACGGAUUCGACUGGCAUUAAUUUGCUUUCAUUUAUUACAUGUACACUGCACAAGAAUUCGAAGGAUCGGCAUAUGUUGUUACAACUUGAACAGCAUAUGACAAAGCUUAUUAAAGAUCCGACACGUAAUUCUCAAAAAUUCCCAGCUAUGAGUUCAUACAAUCGUAUGCUGGUACAUCGAGUAGCUGCUUUUUUCGGUUUAGAUCACAAUGUUGAUCAGAAUGGUACUGCGGUUGUCGUGAAUAAAACAUCUCAUACUAGACUGCCUGAUAUCGAUUUUUCGUCACUGAUACAAGGUGAUGUGUACACUGAUGAACCUCGUCGACUUCUUAGAAGGGAUGUCCAAAGCUAUGAAGAAGUUGGACAGUCUUUGGGUGCAGGCUUAAUUUUUGGGCGUCGAGCACGUUCCUUCGAAGUGGGUGAUUACCUACCAACUGACUCAACAAGUGUUACUGUUGGCUAUGCUCUUCCAGCUACCGCAUCUCUUCACAUGCAUUUAUUGCAUCAGCAAGGAUCAACAUCUACUGAUGCCAGCAGUACUCAUCUCUUUGAAUCACCUGGAAGCUGUUAUUCCUACGGUGACAUACCGGUCAUGGGUCUCUAUUCAGCAUCUGAAAGCAGCCCAUCAUUUAACAAUACCACACAUAUGUUCCCAUGGAGCAGCAGCUCAGAAAGCUAUACAAGCCUGUCAGCUGAUUAUCCUUCGAGUUUAAUCUCUCCUAUGAUGCAUAAUCACUCUCGACCUCCAAUACUAAUGAGGGAAGUAAACAUCGAUACAAGUGCACCACCGCAUAGAAAUCUCAGCACUCAUUUGUCUUUUCCGGAGCAGCGAACAUCUGUAAACAGGCAUACUAGUACAGAUUGCCACCAGUGGGAAGCAAUUCAUUCGAGAGAAGCUUCAUUAUCGGAAAAUCUCUUUCCAGAGAAUGUAUAUUUUGCCGAUGAAUAUGGAGUGGAAAUCGCUACUUCGCAGCAUCAAACACUGCCUGUAUAUGCAGUUUCUCCUGUACCUGCUGAUUUCACUUCAAAUCAAUAUGUCGUCAAUCCGAUGCCAGAACAAUCAACGUAUGCUGUUGUUCCACCAUAUCUUCGUUAUGCUGCACCGACUUUAUCACUCCAAAAAUUAACGCAUCAGAUAGAAUCCUUGAACACAGCAGGUCAUCCAGAAGUAGUUCCAGCUUCUCCGCAGUCUUACUUAGUGUCACCUCUACCAGCACAUAGUAUAUAUCCACAGCAGUUCCUGGUUUCAUCUCAAGUCAGCACUGUUUGUUCACCGCAGCCUUAUUUUCUACCAGUUUUGCAAAGCGACUGUGUUCCGAAUGUAGCAGCUGUACAAGGUACUUAUCCGGUUUCAAUUACGCAGUACCCUAUUUCAAGUUAUGAAUGUAGCGGUAUACAGCAAGCGAAUCUUAUAGAUGCAAUUAGAAUUGCAAAAAGUGGGCCCAUGUUUGAAAGUUCUACCACGGUAACAGAGAACGAAAAUGUUUCAAAGUGA